AUGCCCCUUUUCCGGCUGAAGACGGCGUUCCCGCUGUUCGCCCUGCUCUCGAUUGGUAUCUUCUUCUGGUGCAUGGAGCGAUAUGAUCGAUCAUCAUUACUGCGAUUCAAGCGUCCCAUCGAUCAGGUGAACCUCGGAAACAGCCAGUCUCAAAUAGACAUGUCAGCCGGAGGUCAGCCACAGGACGGCCAUACCUGCGAGGUUGAUCCCAAGCUGGCUGCUCCUCUGCCCUUCUCUGAGUGGCUUCCUCGCAAGAACUACACCCGUGCUUACUUCCGCCCUCGUCCCGUCAACCCUGAUACCCAAUUCCACACCCUUGAGGAAAUCCAGAAGCCUGUCCUUCCUCCCAUGGUCGCUAUGGAACGCGGAAUGGUCGUUUCCCCGGAAAACAAAGAUGACGCCUUCGUCUGCCCCGAGAUCGUCGACGUCGACGUUGCCGCUGAUGACGAUGUGGAGGAGACCUCGAAGAUUUUGUUCGGUCUGGCCACCACUGUGGACCGUUUGGAUCGCCUUCUCCCAUCUUUACUUUACAGCUACGGCAACACCAAGGCCGGCCUGGUUGUCUUGGUUCCUGAGUCUGAUGAUGACCUGGAGAAACAAGAAACCUACUUCCGCAACCGAGGUCUCGACCUGACCCUCGUCGCCUCUUCUCUGGAUUUCACCGCUCGUUACUUCGGCAUGGUUGAAGCAUUCUCGGAGCAUAUUCGCAAGCACCGUCCCCACACUACCUGGGUUGGAUUCAGCGAUGACGAUACAUUUUUCCUCUCCCUUCCUACCCUUGCCAAGGAGCUAAAGCUCUUUGACGAGAAGAAGAAGCACUACAUUGGCUCUCUGUCGGAAGCUAGCUGGCAAGUGGAUACCUUUGGACAUAUCGCUUUCGGUGGUGCCGGUGUUUUCGUAUCCAAGCCCCUUCUGGAUGUCCUUAUGAAGUACUAUGACGAAUGCCAGUCCUGGGGUGAGCAACCUGGUGACCAGAAGCUCGGCCAAUGUAUCCAGCGCUUUGGUGAUACUCAGCUGACUCUCUGGCCCUCGCUUUUCCAAAUGGACAUGACUGAGCCUGUCGACGGUGUUUAUGAGUCUGGCCGCAAGAUCGAAUCCAUGCACCAUUGGAACAGUUGGUACACCAAGGACGUGGUGAAGAUGACUACUGUUGCUGCUGCUGCUGGGCGCAAGUCCGUGCUGCGUCGCUGGGUUUUCGACCAGGAAGAGACCGUCAACACCGUGACUGGUGAGUCGGUUCGUCACUUCUGGGUUUUGACAAAUGGAUACUCUUUGGUCAAGUACACCUACGACGAAUCUGUGCCUGAUGAUGCUAUCGACUUCGAUGCUGUCGAGAAGACUUGGCCUGAGGACCCUCGUGGUUUCGAGGAACGUCUGGGUCCUCUUCGUCCCCUUGAGGAAGAGGGGGUUACCAAAGACCGUUGGUUGCUCCACGACGCCUAUGUCGUUGGUGACAAUGUUCACCAAUUCUACGCGCGUGAGGAAGAUGAGGGUCACAGCGUCAUUGAGAUUGUCUGGCUUGGCCCCAAGGGCGGUGGUGGCGGUGGUAUCAGUGAUCACCAGAUUCUUGGUACCUACCAGCAAUAA